AAAAAUGAAAAACCGGUGUCAAGUUGUAGUGUUAAACUCGACAAUGCUUGAUAACAAUAUUUAAACAAAAGUCAAGUAAAUAUCAAGCAUUAAAAAAUAACAAGUAUAUAAAAAAUGUCAAUGUUUUAAUAAUUUUUAAUUGUCUGGGGUGUGUAUGUGAAAAGUGAAGUGACAAAAAUGGCAAAAAAACAACGCAUUUGUAUGUUUUUACAUUGAGUGUAAUCCAGAGUACAACCCCCUGGUUUUAUACAACGAAUUAUGUCAAUGUGUGUAUGUGUAGUCAGUUCGAUAUUUAUUAACCGGCCAAACCAAGUAAGAAAUAUGCAAUCAAUAAGAAAAUAAAAUUAGAUUAAGAUAUAAUAAAUAGAAGAAAAACAAAAUUAUAAUUGUCUUGACGUGAUAGAGCAAUUAAAUAAUCAAUACAACAAUUGAUUGAAUUGAAAAAUAUAAAAGAAAAUAAAUAAACAUGGCUUCUGUAAGCGGAACGAAUGUAGUUGAAAGUAGCAACAACAGUAGCAACACCACCACCAAAAACAACAACAACAACUUAGCAAAUGUUCCACAAUGGAAAAGAGAUUUGAUACAACGACGAAAACAACAAAAUAAAGUAUCAACAAAUAAUAAUGGAGCAAAUACAAAAUUAUGUACAACAACAACAACAGCUAGUAAUAAUGGAGUGAUAGCAAAUGAUGCAUCAAACAUGGUAAAAAUCAUUGACAGUUGUACUUCUAAACAUGAAAUGACAGAAGAAAACAUGUCAUCAUCAAACAGGAUAGACAAUAAUAAUGAUACUUGUGAUUUAGUUGAACGUAGUGUCACAAGCAGCGCUAGUUGCACGGCAACGACGACAACAACGACCCGGGAGUCAUCAUCAUCAUCAUCAUCAUCAACACCACCACUACCUCUCACCACCACCUCUACUGCAACGACUUCCACCACUACAAUCAUCACCAAGGAUACACAACUCAAUGUUAAUGAAUCAGUUGCGUGCAAAAUGCGCUUCGAGGCGGAUGUAUCAGUUUGUCCAUCCUCGGAGGAUACUCCAAAAACAACAACAACAUCAACAACAACAACACUUACAAAAUCAUUAUUAUUAACUGAACGUAAUAAUUUACAAGAUUAUAAUAAUUUUGAUAGUGAUUAUAAAGAUAAUAUAAUAUGUCAUAAUAAAAAUAAUAAUAACACAAUGGAUAAUAACAAAGAUAGUGGUGGUGGUGGUGUUUGUGUUUAUGCUGAAUUUAAAAAAGGCUGGGAUAAAACAACAACAACAACAACAGGUAAAAUUGAUGAUAAAAUAAAAAAUCAAAAUCAUCAUAUUAAUAAUAAUAAUCAUCAUUGUAUAAUUGAUGAUAAUAAAAAAAUUAAAUUAAUUAAAAAAAAUGGAGAUGAAUGUGAGAGUGAUAGUUCUGAAGAGUUACAAUAUGGUCCAGGUAUUGUUAAUCGUUUAAAAAGUAAAUAUCUUAAUUUAACAUUAAGAGAAAUGAAUAAAAGUCGUGUAUCAGUACAACGUUUUCGUCGUGCAGCAUCACUUGAAGAUUUACUUGAUUGUGAUGAUCAUGAUGAUGAUGGUGUUGAUGAUAAUGAUAAUAAUAAUGAUGAAAAUGAUAAAUUAACACGUAAAUUUACUAAAAAACCAUUAAUACCUGGUAUUAUUAAUAAAACAGAUCGUUAUAGAAAUGCAACACGUGGUAAUGAAUCAAUGAAAAGAGCAAGAAGUGUUGAAGCAUUAAUGAGAUGUCAAAAUCAUGAUGAUACAAAUCAAAAUUCAAGAUUUAUUGGUGUUAGACAAGAGCCAGUUAAUGAUCAUAUUGUAUUAGUUGAUAGAGCAACUGUUAAAAUUGAAAGUCGUUUAAUUGGUAAUAUUAUUGAUAAUGAUAGACCAAAGGCAUUAAAUAAGCCAAAAAGAAUAAAGCCAUUAUUAGCUGAUACUGAAAGACCACCACCGGAUCUUGUUAAAACAACAAUGCGUAUAUUUGAGGGUUCAGUUAGAAAACUUAAAUUAAAAGGUGAUGUUGCUGCUAAAGUUGCAACAUUCAAAACAAUUAAUGAUACAUAUAAAGCACAAACAGUCAAAAAAAUUGUGCCAAAACCACCAAUACAACCAAAACCAUUUACAAAUAACAAUAAUAAUAAUAUUAAUAUUAAUAAACAACCUAGUUCACCGAAAAAAAAUAUAUCAUCACAAUUAUCAAAGCCAAUAACUGCUGAACUCAUUGAAAAUCCUCUUAUUCAUGAAGAGUAUAAAAAUGAUGGUGUUGUUACUGAUCCAAUUGUUCAAUCAGUAUCAUCUGUUGUUUCAAAAUUUCAACAAAUUGGAAAAUCAAUAAAUUCACCAUCAUCAUCACCUGAACCAAUUUACAAUAAACUCAAAUCAUCAUUAUCACCAAUAUCAAGUCCUGAACCUCCAUUUAUCAAUAAUAACAAUCAUCAUCAUCAAAAUAAUAAUAGUAAUCAUAAUAAUAAUCAUCAUCAUCAUAAACAAAAAAUUAAUAAUGAUGCUGGUAUUGGAUUUAACAAGUCAACAUCACCUGUAACAUCACCAUCAUCACCAAAAAAAAAUUUACCUCGACAAAAUAUAAUUUUAACUCAAUCAGCAUCAGUUAGUCCAGUACAUGAAAUAUUUCGUACGAAUAAUAAUUCAACACUUGAGAGUUUAGUAAAAGCACAACCAGAAAUUUUAAUAAGUGAAGAAACAGUGAUUGAAGAAACUGAUAAACAACCAGAAAAUCGUAGACAACAAGUGUUGGAAGAUAAAAUUUUACCACCAAUAAUUCAUGAUGAAAUAAUUGAAGAAGAAAAAAAUGAAGAAGCUAAUAAACAUGUCAAAGAAUUAAAUGAGGAAAUAAUAAAUAAACAAGAUAUUAUUGAAGAUAUUAUUGAUGAUGUUGAAGCAAUUGAUGGACCAAAAACAAUAUCAAAAAGUGCAUUAGACAGUAUUAGCAAAGCUGGAUGUACUAUGGAAUUUAAUUUUAAUACAGAAACAUCAAUUAAAAAAUCAUAUUUACCUGGUACAAUGCAAAAUGGAAAUUCAAGUGAAUCAACACAAAAUGGUAAUAUUGAAGAGCUUAAAAAUAAUAUUGAUAAAAAAUUAUUAAUAUCAAAUGACAUAGCUGGUAAUUGUGGUGAUGAUGAUGAUGAUGAUGAUGAUGAUGAUAUUAAAACAGAUAAAGAAAAAAUUAAUGAAACACCAAUAAUAUUAGAUAACAUUGAAAUAAAAAAAAAUGAUAAUGAAAUAAUAAAACCAUCAAUUGGUGCAAUAUCAAGUUUAGGUAUGAUUAAAUCAUCAUCAACAACAAUGUCAUAUUCACAAUUAAAUGAAUCAAAAUUAAUUAAAAAUCAAAAAACUGAUUUACCACCACAAAAACAAAUUGGUAUAAUACGUCCAUUAGUAUCAACUAAAACCCAAUUACCACAACAAAAUUUAAGUAGUCGUGAAUUGGAAAAAAAUUUAAUAAAUCGUGUUAAAAGUAUUGAACAGCCAACAAAAGUUGUUGUUAGUUUAAAAAGUGCUGAUGAAAUUCAACCAGUUAAAAAAACUGGAUCUAGUGGUUCUGGUGGUGGUGGUUUGUGGGACACGAAACCUUGGAAUCAGCAAAAUAAUACCAUGGUAUUCAACUUUAGCAACAGGAAGGAUGUGCCAGAUUAUAUUGAAAAUGAUGGCCUGAUAAUAAGUCGAAAGAGAGAAAAGUCAAAGGUUGGUGAUGGAGGAAUAAUCGUGCUGGAUGCGACCUUAGAUGCAUCAACUACUGAUGAUAAUGAUUGGGAUAAUUCAGAAGGACCACCAUCACCUUGUGACAUUAAAUUUACAAAUGAUAAUAUUCUUAUUAAUGGACGUAGUAAUCUUUCAAGAUCACCAAGAAACCACAAGCAUCGAAUACAAUUCAAUGAUCAAGCAACACGAACCUUUGAGUAUCCAAGCGAAUCAUCAAUGCUAGAGGACAUUGGUUCUACCAGUUGUGUUGAUGGUGAAACUUCCGGUGUUGGUGAUCAUCAACAAUCAACACAAAUUGUCAACAAAUCCAUUUCUCCCACGGUCAAUUCAGCCUCAGUUUCUCCUAUACUUGGUGGAGGUGGUUUAUCAAAUUUUACACCAAGUAAAGUUGAUCUUACAUCAGAAGGAUUUGAACUUGGUGUAACAAGAACAUUGGGAAUAUCUUCAACAAGUCAAUCAACGCCAAUUCGUGAUGGAAAUAAAAAAAUAAAUGAUGAAGAAGCGAUGAAUGAGGAAGAAGACUGUUUGCAAAAUUCUCAGGAUACAGCUGCAUGGGGAGCUGAAGCAACUGCUGAUCUUCUCUACUAAAUAUUAUAAAGUAAACAGAUUUUUUUUUUUUUUUUUCUUUUUUAAUUUUUUUUAUACUUAGAUAAACAAAAUUUUUUUGUUUAAUUUUAGCAGGAUAUUUUUAUCUAAUAUUUUUCCUUGAAUUUUAUUAUUUUCUAUUUAUUAUUUCGUGUUUUUUUUUACAUGAAAAGUAGUUGGGUUUUUUGAUGGAAUUGAAUGGAAUAUAAAAAAAGAAAAAAAAAAAAAACAAUUAAAUUAAUAAACAGUAUCAUUCUGAGUAUAAGCACUUAAAUUAAUAUUAUGAAUGAAAUAAUGAAAAUAAUGGUGAUUGUGAAAUAAUGCUAUAACAGAAAAUUCUAACUGCCGAUUCGUGAGACUAAAAUGAAAUGUAAUUAUUAUCUUCCCUUUUUCGUUUUUUAAUUUUUAUUUUUCACGUAUUCGUAUAUCAUGCUAUAAAGUAUGUAAAAAAAUAUAAUAAUAAUACUACUAAACAAUAUAAAAAUAUAAAAUACAUGUUUUAUACUCGCCAAGUCACGUCGUACUAUUUUCCAACAAUAUUUUUUUUGUUUACCAUUGAAACAAACAAAAAAUAACAAUAAUAAUUUCCAUACAAAAAAUUCAAAAACAUAUAGCUAAUUCAAUAAGAUUGAUAACCGAAAAAAUAAUAAUAGCAAUUUUUUCAAUAUAUAAACAAGAAAAAAAAAAUAAUAUAACUGUUAAUGAAUUUGUAAAAAAAGAAAAAAUUAUUAUUCGACUGUUUUUUUUUUCUAUUUAAAUAAUAGAUAUAAAAACAAAACAAAAAAAAACAUUUUCACAAAUAUAAUAUUCAUCUGCCAAAGUAGGACAUAAGUCGACUACUUUAGAUUAAUAUUAAUGAUAAAAAAAAAAAUCAUAGAGAUGAAGAAUUAAACGUGUUAUAUAAAUAAAAAAGACAAAAAAAAAAAUUUCUCACAUUCCUAAAUAUAAAUUCAGUUAUAUUGAGUAUACCUGCAUUUACAUGUUUUUUAAAAUUGUGGAUAAUAAUAAUACCAAUUUUAAUUCUCGAUUGUUUAAUUGGUUUUCAAAAAUCUGGAUGAGGACCAAACAAAUAAAAAAAGAAAUGAGAAAAAACAAAGUAUGCUUAUAAAGCAUGAUUUAAAAAUGAAUGUUUUCUUAAUAAUCUUUUUUUUUUUUUUUCUCAAAUUAGAUAUAAGUGAAAAUAAAAUUCUGUACAUAUAUACACUAAAUUAUUAUUGUAAUUGAGAGAGAGAUAAGAGGAUGGUAUAGUCUCUCUCAGUCUCAGAG